GUUUUUUUUUUUUUUUUAUAAAUUUUGUCCCUCUGCGGCUUCCGUAGCGAACUGUACUCAGUGCAGUAUAGAGCCAGUUUGUUGUUUUUAGCCUUUUAGCCAAACAACUGGAGGUGCUCUUCAAAAAUCCCGUCGAAGGAAAUGGCUACCUCUUUUGUGACUGAAGAACAAGAUCAAUCAGGGACACUAGAAGAUCCAACAAGCCUUCGCUGCAGAAAGUGCCGUAGAUGUCUAAUAGACCCGACCAGCCUCCUGAAGGUAGUAACAUCAAGCGAGACUGCAGCCACAUGCAAUGUGUGGCAUUUGAAUGUUGAAUCUUUGCCAGAUUGGAUUUUGGCAAGUGUUGAUCAGGCCAGUUGGACAGUGGGGAAAUUAAACUGUCAGAACUGUGGAGCUCGCUUAGGAGGCUUUAAUUUUGUAAAUUGCUCUAAAUGCUCCUGUAGACGUGAUACAACUGUACAUCUCAGUAAGAGUCGUGUUGAUCAGGAUCUAAAACCACCAGUUCUUUUGACUAGACUAGGAAGGACUAGAGAACAUACCGUGAGGAGGAAGAAUGAGGUGGAGUCUCUCCCUCAGACAAUAAGCUCAUCUCCCUCUCCUUCCUCAACCCUCAGCUUCUCCUGUACUGUGUCCCAUGUUGCCUCUGCUGAAACUGAACUUGAGGUUGAGUCAACUGAAGAACCACAGAUUCUUGAGAGUGUUGAGAGAGGCAUAGAUGUUUCCUUACCUUCUGAAUUGCCACCACAGCUGUCUGAUGAUCAGGAGAGCUUAGAGGUACGGCCUGUGGGUUCUGCUUCCCAGAGUAGAACCUCGCUGGACAGAGCUGUGAAUCCAGAGGAGGUCAGACUCAGAGAGAUGGAGGAGCCAUCAAGAAACAUCUCACCCAACCUAGAGCCAAAGCUUUCCAAGAGAGAGAAAAACCACCUGAAAAGCCUAAGAAGGAAGCAGAGGAAGAAGGAGCGUUGGAUUCAGAGACAGCAGGAGGCAAAAGAUCUGGCUAUGAAGUGGGACCUAACGGGCAGCGAUGAUGAAGAGAGGGAGGGAUACACGUGUGCCGUUUGUUUAGACGUAUAUUACAGCCCUUACAAGUGCCAUCCUUGCAGUCAUGUGUUCUGUGAGCCCUGUUUGAGAACACUGGCUAAGAACAGGCCAAGCAGUACCCCGUGUCCCCUCUGUAGGACCCUCAUAUCCCAUGUGCUCUUUCAGGAAGAGCUCAGUCAAACUACAAAGGCUUGCUUCCCAAAAGUGUAUCGCUCAAGACACGAUACCUUUCAGAAGACCAACUAUUCCAAAUGGCCCCUGCCCAAUUGUCCAAAGCGUUUCCGCAUCUUUUGGGGAUUUCAGAGGCACGGAGGUCCUGCCAGUCGCUGGCAGUUUCCGCACAGAGCAUUUGGCCUGGAUGCGUUGGAUCUGGGAGACAUGUGGGGCUGGCCAUUUGACAUUGACUUUGUGAUCAUCUCUGUCUACUCUCUGCACUGGGUGAUGGCGUUCAUCAUCUUCUGUGGCCUCUGCUACUUCCUCCUCCUCUGAUGUAUGGAGGAUUAGUUCUCAUUUUGUUCGCUGUUGCUGGACAAAUGAAUGUUGUUGACGGUGGACAUCUCAUCAAGUGCCUCGUACUUUUAUUUCAAUGUAGCUUCAAAUAUGAUGAAAUAUUAUUAAGGUGUGUUUCUUCCUGUGGGAAUCAUUUGUGUGUUUGUUUGUGGUUUAGGUCUUAAAGGGUUUGUGCAAUUCAUAGAUAUCAUGUUAAGCAAUUACCUUAUAGCAUCUGCCUACUUGACCUGUAAACAGUAUUAUAAUGCAACAGAAAAGGGACAAAGCAAUAAUUAAGGGUAUAAUGCUUAGUCCGUCUGUACACUUUGACAAGUUGCUUCUUUUUCUGUUACCGUUACUUUGAGUGGCUUAGAUUCUUGUUUAAUGCUAGAACCCAGGUUUCUGUUGUACAAAUUUUAAUGGCUUCUUUUACACAGUAAAAUGUUUCAAAACA